CACAAUGCGGUACCAUGCAUUUCAACUGGCUGAAGAAAACAUUUUACAAGCACACAUUUUAGAUCUGCUCCUCCAACCACACAGGAGUUCAUCAACAGUUCAGCUCCUCCCACAACAGUGAAUGAAAAGAGUUUAUGAAAGAAAGCUGAAAACAUGACUGAUCCAGAACCCUGCGGAAUAAAACUGGAAGAUGCUGAAGAACAAAUAGACUUGAUAGAAGAGAACGAGGAGAUUGAAGAACUGAUUAAAGAGGGGGAGAACCAUCAUGUCAAAACUGAAGAAACACCCUGGAGAUCCUCAUUGACAAGAAGAGACAAAACAUGGCCUGAGUGUGAACAGAGUCUCUCAUGCAAGCAAAAUCUUGAUAUUCACAUAAAAUGUCAUCUUGAAGGGAAGCUGUACACAUGUGAUCAAUGUGAAAAGACUUUCACAAUAAAAGGAAACGUUACAAAACACAUGAAUAUCCACACUGGAGAGAAGCCGUACACAUGUGAUCAGUGUGAAAAGACAUUCACAGUAAAAAAAUACCUUACAAAACACAUGAAAAUCCACACUGAAGAGAAGCCGUACACAUGUGAUCAGUGUGGGAAGAGUUUCACACAAAAAGGAUACCUUGAUGCACACCUAAAAACCCACAAUGGAGAGAAGCCGUACACAUGUGAUCAGUGUGGGAAGAGUUUCACACAAAAAGGAUACCUUGAUGCACACCUAAAAACCCACAAUGGAGAGAAGCCGUACACAUGUGAUCAGUGUGGGAAGAGUUUCAUACAUAAAGGAUGCCUUGAUGCACACCUAAAAACCCACACUGGAGAGAAGCCAUACACAUGUGAUCGGUGUGGGAAGAGUUUCAGACAAAAAGGAGCCCUUAAUGUACACAUGAGGAUCCACACUGGAGAGAAGCCGUACACAUGUGAUCAGUGUGGGAGGAGUUUCACACAAAGAGGAAACCUUAUUGCACACAAGAAAACCCACAGUGGAGAGAAGCCAUAUACAUGUAAUCAGUGUGGGAAGAAUUUCAAAAGAAAAGAAAGCCUUCAUGAUCACAUGAGGAUCCACACUGGAGAGAAGCCGUACACAUGUGAUCAGUGUGGGAGGAGUUUCAUACGAAGAGUAACCCUUUACAAACACAAGAAAACCCACACUGGAGUGAAACAGCACCAGACCGUUCACACUACAGAAACACCUUACAAGUGCUCACACUGUGAAAAGAGCUUCAAACGGUCAACACAUCUACAAAUACAUGAGAGGAUCCACACUGGAGAGAAGCCGUAUCACUGCCAUUCAUGUGGGAAGAGAUUCACUCAAUUAUAUUCUUUAAUCUGUCAUAAAUUACAUGUCUGCAUGUCUGAAAUUACAGUAAGUAGAUGAAGUUCUGAUCCUGUACUUCCAGGUGCUAGGUAGGGCUGCAUCAAGUAAUUAUUUUGCUAAUCGAUUAAUCAGAGAUUAUUAGAACGAUUAAUCAACUAUUCGUUGAUCAUUUCACAGAUUAAUCAGUAUCUUUAUUAAUUAUUU